AUGAGAGCAAGCAACCAUUUAAUAGGAGUAGUAAACUUCCUAACAUUUCUACUCUCAAUCCCAAUAUUAGCAGGAGGAAUAUGGCUAAGUAGCAAAGCAAACUCAACAGAUUGUAUAAAAUUUCUUCAAUGGCCAUUAAUAGUAAUUGGAGUUUCAUUAAUGGUGGUUUCAUUAGCUGGUUUUGCUGGCUCAUGUUACAGGAACACUUUCCUCAUGUACCUUUACAUGUGGGCAAUGUUCUUCAUCAUCGCCGCCUUAAUCGGGUUCGUUGUUUUUGCCUAUGCUGUGACGGAUAAAGGUUCGGGUCGACCCGUUUUAAACCGGGCUUAUUUGGAGUAUAAUUUGGAGGAUUAUUCGGGUUGGCUUGAAAGGAAGGUUUCGGAUCCGGGUUAUUGGGCUAAACUUAGCUCUUGUAUUAGGGAUUCAAGGGUUUGUAGUAAAAUGGGUCGGACUUUUCAUGGUGUUCCUGAAACUUCUGAUAUGUUCUUCUCCAGAAAACUUAGUCCUAUUGAGUCUGGGUGUUGCAAGCCACCAACAGAUUGUGGUUAUGGAUAUGUGAAUGAAACCUUAUGGGGACCAGGAGGCGGGCUCGUAGGAACCAACUCAGACUGUGCAAGAUGGAGCAAUGACCAACGACAGUUGUGUUACGGUUGUGACUCCUGCAAGGCUGGUGUUCUCGCAAGCCUGAAGCACAGCUGGAGAAAGGUGUCUGUGAUCAAUAUCGUCGUACUAAUACUCCUUGUCAUCUUCUAUGUUAUUGCUUAUGCAGCUCUCCGAAACAACAAGAGGAUGGACAACGACGAGUCCUAUGGCGAAACCAGGAUGACCAAGUCACAUCCUACUGCAAUGCAUUUCUAAAACCAUCUAUCAUUGUGGUAUGUAGCGAUUUCUGUUGUUUAAAUAUAUUGGGACAGAAAUGGGGUUGUAUGUACGUUCUCCAUGGCUUCAUAUUUGGCGAAUGUCAUUUUGUUUUUUCUCAAGGUUUUUUGUAUGGAGGAAUUGGUUUGGCGUAUAGAUUGUACAAGGGAUGUACUUUAUCAUCAAGAUAUGUAACCAUUUUGUGGAUCUCCGAACUGGGGAGUGUAUGAACUUUGUAUCCAUCAUGAAAUAGCUUAAAUUUGUAGAAAUAUAUGCUCUUUUGUUA